CAACUCAAUUUUGAAGUUUAUUAUUUCUUUCUUAAACCUUUUCCAUUUCAUUUUAAUUAAUAUACAAUACAAAAUAUAAAAAAUACUGCUUUGAUAUUCCGCAUUCUAUUUUCGAACACAAAAGAUGCUCAUUUGUUUUUUAUUCAUUUGUUUAUCAAACAUAGUGUCAGGUCAGUUGGUAGAUUUGAGUGCGUCUGGGUAUCAUGAUUUAGUGGGAAUGCCGAAAGCAAGAGAGAUCUUGCGAGCAGAGAGUGUGGUAGGGAGAAUAGUGGGGGGUUCGCAAACGGCUACAGCUGAUGCAUAUCCGUAUAAGGCCGGUAUCGUUGUGACCCUCACCUCAGGCUGGACAUCAGUAUGCGGUGGCUCUCUCCUCUCCGACACCAGAGUUCUCACUGCCGCCCACUGCUGGUGGGACGGCCGGAACCAAGCGAGAACCUUCACUAUAGUCCUGGGUUCUUUGAAGCUCUUCUCUGGAGGAACCAGGGUGGAUUCCACAGCUGUGACUGUCCAUGCUUCUUGGAAUCCGGAUGAUGUUCUGUUCGAUGUUGCCAUGGUGAAGAUUGGUAGCGUCAAGUUUAACAAUAAUAUCCAACCGAUCCCGCUGCCGUCGGCAGCAGACGUGAACCAAGAUUUUUCCGGUGUCACCGCCGUUGCCGCCGGUUUUGGAAAGACCAGUGAUUCCCAAAACAGCUUCCCAACCACAACUUCCCUUCACCACGUGACCCUGCAGGUCAUCACGAACACCGUUUGCCAGAAGAGUUUCGAUGUGCCCAUACAUGGCAGCCAUCUUUGCACGAACGGGGUCAAUGGGUUCGGGACAUGUGACGGCGACUCUGGAGGUCCACUGACUACUGUGUGGAAUAAUCAGAGGAUUCUGAUUGGUGUGACGUCAUUCGGCAUUGGCGACCGCUGCCAAGGAGGAUAUCCUUCGGUAUUCAGCAGAGUCACUGCAUAUCUUAAUUGGAUACAAGGGAAUAUGUACUCGUAAGAAGAUAACAACACUGAGCAAAAUAUAAUUACUGUUUUUUAUACAC